AGUGAAUGUUUGAGAGUCCAUGACAGCUGUAAUUAGGCAUUUCAAAAGUAACCGUAAACAUCCCCCUCAGAGACAGAAGACAGACGUUUCAGUAAACUGCAAACUGCACGUCGAGAGUGAUCAGCACAGGAAGUGGUUUUCAAAUGGUGCUUGAUGAGAAAGGAAGCAUCACAGCAUUGACAGGAAACUAAAGUCAACAGCCACUGAACAUCCCACACAGACAUCUGGGUCAUCAAAAGCACAAUAUGUCCAAAUAGAAGAGGUAUUAGAAGUUAGGCCAAGUUAAAGAUUGUUUCUGUCUUUGUGUGUGUACAUGGCUGUCCUGUAAUCUUACCAAGACAAUCCGCCUGAGCUGUGUGUAUGUGUGUAUAUCACCUUCUCAAAUAUGAAAACACACUUAUUACCACUACGGAUUCAUACACCACAACAUCAACACAGAGCUCUUUCUUCUUCUUUCAGCUCUUCCCUACACCGUGUUUUAGAAUUCUCAAAUUCGAUUGGAUCACAACUACCCACUGAAGACACCCUGUGCUGAGCAUUACGAUUAGACCACAGGGUUAGAAGACUUGAGAGUUCACUUUAGUUCUGUGACUUCAUUUCAGUUUGACUCACUUUUAUUCACUGUUCUUUUACGCUGAAGGAUAGACAUAAAACCGCAAACUCCGUUCCUGAGUGAGUCAUACAGUAUUGUGCAGUUAAGCAGAAGCCAAAAACAGGAACACUUUCUGCAGUAGUAAAGGAGAGUGAAAAUCUCUUUGAUAGAAAGAUUAGAGAGACUAAAAGUGGUUCAAAAGUGUGAAAGCAGACCUGAGAACACGAGGGACAUUGAAACAAAACAUGUCACCACCCUGCAACGGGUGGGUAAGACGAAGGUUUGAGAGGAAGCAGGCGUUAGCGAAGGUGCCUGUCACUCAUAUAUGCUACGUCAGGAAGAGGUGAGAAAGAAAAAAGAGAGAAAAAAAAAGCCCAUCAACACUGCCAGUGAGAACAGCGCUGCCUGCCUCUCUACCCACGUCCAAGUCUGCUGAGUUGUUGAGUUUUAUUUCCUGCUUCGAGUGGAGUGAUAAGAACCACGGUACAGGCGGGGAGUCGGGCCCGCACUUAGCAUGGGCAUGAGUGAGGAGUCUGAACCAGAGCACGCCGCUCAGCAGCUUAAGAAAGAGGAAGAGGUGGGGAGCGCAGAGAAGGACGCCCUGGUGGAACAGCCCGCCGAGCAGCCGCAAGAGGAUGUCAACCUCCUCAAGGCGUACGUGUGGCACACCGGAGCCAAGUCGCCCGCCGACGCCUCGAAGGCUGCAGGUGGAGGCCAGGGCGCUGCCAUGGAGAAGCCGGAGAAGAGCACCAAGUGGAGCAAGGUGCAAAACUGGCGCAAAGCCCUCAGCGAGGACACCGGGGAACGAGCCGCAGCCGGCGGCCGUGGCGGGGAGGAGAAGCCCAAACCGGACAAGCAUGGUGCUUUAAGGAAGAACCCAUUUCGGAGGGCCCACUCGGAGCCUCCGGGGUCGCUGCUCUCCUCUGUUCUGUCUCCGUCGGCCUCAGCGACCCCCACCUCCGCCGCCGCCGCCGCCGGCACGUCCACCGAAGCCUCAGGCUCAGUCAGUCAGGAGACAGCGCAGAGAGGCAAAUUCAUGAAAUACUUGCAAAACGUCUCUCGGAAGAUUAAGAAGCCUCGACUGCAAAGCCGCAGCAGCGUACCAAUCGCUGAGAAAGACAAUGAAGAUCACGAGGCUGAGGAACCUGCCAGACUUUCCUGGGUGCCCCCACAGGACGUCCCCGUGUGGGACAUCAACAACUGUGUCCUGCAGGACGGACAGAUCCUCAUCAGAGAAGACGAGCCAAUUCUGCGAACCCGCAACCGGGCCAGCAGCUGCCUGUCCAGUCUCAGCCUCCAGAACCUCGCUGAGAGCCACACUAACCUGGAAUGCACCCCAGAUCACGUGGCUUCUACAGGUGGUCAGAAGAAGAGCCAGGAGGGAGGGGUGACGCGACGGAUCAAACGUCGUUUCCAAGCAGGAAAAAGCAACGCACAACUGGAUAAUACUGGAUUAACCCGUAGUACUAAACACUUUGGCUCUGGGGAGUCUCUGUCUGUACCAGUCACUGCUGCGGAGAAUCUGGAUCUUAGUGCUGACCAGAGCACCAUCAUCAGGCCAGUGCACAGCUCCAUCCUGGGGGAGAAGUAUUGCUUUGAGGUUAUCAACUCAGAAAACAACCACUGCUUUGGGUGCAGUUCAGCUGCAGAGAGAGAUAGAUGGAUUGAGAAUUUACGACGCACUGUCCAACCAAACAAGGACAACUGUGAACGCACAGAACACUCUCUCAGCCUGUGGUUAACAGAGGCCAAGGCCCUGCCCCCCAAACGACGCUACUACUGUGAGCUGCAUUUGGACGGCACCUUGUUUGCAAAAACCACAAGCCGUGACGUCGGCAAACCCACCCAGCAGUCCAGCCAGGCCGGUGAUGGGGGCGCAGGAGCGGCAGGUCUGGGGCCAGGAGGUCAGAUCUUCUGGGGUGAACUCUUUGAGCUCGACAACCUUCCUCCCGUCACCAAAAUCACUCUGCACCUCUUCCGUGACGAGGAUCCCAAGAAAAAGCGCCACUCCCGAGACGAGUCUUUCUACUAUCCUCUGGGCAACGUCACAUUGCCUCUCGCUGACAUACAGGGACGCGCCUUUCAAGAGAAGUGGUAUCCCAUCAUUCCCUUCAAACCACCUGGAUCUGGCAACAGCAAGGACCAACUGGGGCCCCAGGCCUCCCUCAGGAUCAAGGCCCGCUUCCAGAACCUGCGGGUGUUGCCCAUCGAGAGAUUUAAGGAGUUUGCAGAGUAUCUCACCUUGAACUAUGUAAACAUGUGUGGCAGCCUGGAGCCUCUGUUGAACGUGAGGGACAAGGAAGAGUUGGCUGGAGCGUUGGUGCACGUGCUCCAGAGCAUCGGAAAAGCUAAGGAUUUCCUGAUUGACCUUGGAAGUGCAGAAGUCCAGCGCCUGGGUGAGAAGGAGGCUCUAAUUUUCCGGGAGAACACCCUGGCGACGAAGGCCAUCGAUGAAUACAUGAAGCUCGUGGGCCAGAAGUACCUCAUUGACACACUGAGAGACUUCAUUGGUCAGCUGUAUGAGUCGGCUGAGAGCUGUGAGGUGGACCCCAGAAAAUGCCCCCCAUCUGACCUGGCGAAUAACCAGAAACAUCUCAAAGAUACCUGCGAGAGGGUGGUGCAGAGAAUCACUGAGAUGCACAGCUCCUUCCCGGUGGAACUCAAUGAGAUUUUCUCCAAAUGGACGGACGAGUGUGAAGGGCAGGGACGUCCCGAGAUCGGCCAGCGCCUCAUCUCCGCGUCACUCUUCCUGCGCUUCCUCUGCCCGGCCAUCCUCAGCCCCUCGCUCUUCGGCCUGAUCCAGCCGUAUCCAGACGCCUCAACUCUGCGCACGCUCACGCUCACAGCCAAAGUCAUCCAGAACCUGUCCAACUUCACCUCGUUUGGCGAGAAGGAAGAAUACAUGCUCUUCAUGAAUGGCUUCUUGGAACAACACUGGGAGCGCAUGAAAGAGUUUUUGCAAAUGGUGUCCAACCCAGACAGCGAGCCUGACAUGGCCCGCUUUGAUGGAUACGUGGACCUGCCUCUACGGCUCGCUGUUCUACACAGCCUGUUGGUAGACAUCAUUGGCGCCAUGAAGCAGGACACCAUAGACAACUUGGAGCCCCUCCCAACCAUCCUGAACCAGAUCACUGACUACCUUGGCCCUGAUGCCCCUCGAAUCACUGUAAAUAGCACUGAAAAGUCAAAGCCCAUCUAUGUCCCUCCCAAGGACUUAAACAAAUACAGCCCCCACCACAAUUCCAUGCAACAAUUGCCUGAACCCAAGCAAACUCCAGGGACGGAGAGGCCCAGGAGGCUUGUGUCGAGGACCAGAAGUGUCCCAAGCCGAACAUUGGCAUCGCAAAAACACCUCAAGAGACAGACCAGCAGUGAGAGCCUCAAGAUCGAGCAGGAGCAAGCGAAACUGCAGCCACAGCAGCCGGAGAUCUCUCACCCCAAGACACCCAACAGACUAAAGCCCCAGCAUACCCCUGUGCCAUGGAUUAUGGACACAGAACCAGGAACUGGGGAUCAGAUUCCAGCACAACUUGAGCAAAUCAGCCUGUUGGACAAGGAGCUGUCGGACCUGCGUCUAGGAGUGGAGCAGGUGACGGAGCGAGAGCUGGAGAUGGCCAAACGGCUGGAGGACUUCAUCGUCCAGAGUCAGGACCAGAAUGCACAGCUGCAGGCUGAGGUCCACGAACUGCAGAGCCAGCUUGCUAUGCGUGAGGAGCAGCUUGCUAGCGCCACCUUCAGGCUAGGGGUUAUAGAGGAGGAGAGGGAGGAGGAUGAGAGGAAACUGACUAUCGCCAUCGCAGCAGCAGAACGGAUGAAUGUUUUGGAGGAACAGUUUGCGGGCCUGAUGAAUGAUGUGCACCAGCUUAGAGAUACAAACUCUGACAAUGUGAAGAACACACCUUAUUAUGGAAUGGGGGAUCAGCCUCAAAUGAACAGCAACUGAUUUCAGGCAGUUGCCAAGCCGUAGACCUGGAUUAGGUGUAAAAUGAAGGUAACAGUUCACUGCAAAGUAUUAUGCGUUCCAAAGAUAUGAGAGAAACAAUGAAUUACAAGAUAUAAUGGGAAAGUUUCGUACGAAAACAGCAAAUCUCAAUAUGUAAGAUUAUCAAUGUAAGAUUCUCCCUCAAUGUAAGAUUCUGAAAUGCUUUAAAGUUUUGCUCAUUCUAUUAUCUUUUUUGUGACCAAUAAAAUUACUGAAAACA